AACAGACUGAGACCGAUGCCAGGAAGCCGCCCGGUUCGGCGCAGCUUCCAGAGUCUUAAUGAGGCCGAUGGAAAAGGCCGAGAGGAAGACCCGAUGGAGAGGGCCGAGAGAAGGCCCGAGGGGGGGGGGAGCGGAGGCCGCCCGGUUCGGCGCGCGCCCCACCGCCGGAGAGGAGGCAGCUGGAGCUGGGAUGGGGGUAGGCCUCCCCAAACAACGGGCCCAAGCCGGCGAGCAGCUCCGAGAGGUCGCCCGGUCCGGCGCGGCCCCCACGGCCGAGGGUGGAGGGAAGGGAGGAGGCCCAGUCAAGGGUGGAAGGAAGGAAGGAAGCCUAGCCGAGGCUGCCCGGUCCGGCGCGACUUCAAACACACCAAAAGCGCUAGGGCAGUCGUCUCACGCUCACCAUUCCUGCCGCCGCCAGCCGCCAGCAACUCCACGCUGCAAACUCAAGCGGCUCUCAAGGUUCUCCGGAUGCACCUUUGGAAUGGCGGACAGGACUCCUCUCUCCUCCUCCUCUCCUCGCGGACGGAGCCCUCGGAACAGUUCAAUAACCUCACAGUCCACAAUCUCCAAGAACUACGGCAAAGUGCUUCAUUGGCCACCAAGGUCUUUGUACAACGGGAUUACAGUGAUGGGACCAUCUGCCAGUUCCAAACCAAAUUUCCCCCAGAGCUGGACAGUCGGAUUGAACGGCACCUUUUUGAGGAUACAGUAAAGACCCUCAACAACUUCUAUGCAGAGGCUGAGAAAAUUGGAGGCAGUUCCUAUCUGGAGGGAUGCCUGGCCUGCGCGACAGCCUAUUUCAUCUUCCUUUGCAUGGAAACCCAUUAUGAGAAGGUUUUGAAGAAGAUAUCCAAGUAUAUCCAAGAGCAGAAUGAGAAAAUUUAUGCUCCACGAGGGUUAUUGCUGACAGACCCAGUGGAACGAGGCAUGCGAGUUAUUGAGAUUUCCAUCUAUGAGGAUCGUUGCAGCAGUUCCAGUUCAGGAAGCUCCAGCAGCGCCAGCAGCAGUGCUGGGGGCGGGGGCGGAGGAGCUGGGGGUCGGUGACUGGCACAGAGUCCCGGCAGGGACUUGUACUGCCGGGACGAUGGUGUCUCCGAGAUCCGUCGACUGCGUUAUCAGAGCACGCGCUUCUGAGCAACCCCGGGGUGGGUGGGUGGGAGGCCAGCAAGGAGUGUCGCAAUACUCUUGAGUUUGCCGUGACUCCCAAGGGAAAUGCCGCUCUUAGGGAAAGCGCGGCCUCUGCCUUGGUGGGGGUCAUCCCCUUCCUCCAAGGAUCCCACUCCUUGUGGCUUAAGCCUUGAUAGCCUGUGGCAGUGACACUUCCUAUGGGUUUCUGGUGACAUUGUGCCACUCCAGAUGCCCAGAUGUGUUGUUGCCUUUGCUCUGUCCCCAUCACAAGCUGUAGGUCCAUCAUCCCAAGUUAUGAUCUCUUCUUGCUAAAUGUCAAACGUCUUAGCAAGGAUGAAUCCAGCACAGUGUGCUGGGAUGGGAUGGGGCUGGCUGAGGGGACUGGUGUGUUUGGGACCCUGUUAUAACUAUUUCCCCAAGCAGCACCAUCCAAUUCCCCCUAAACAUUGCACUGACAUGUCAUCUUAGCUACUGCCUUUGUCUGCUGCUUUCUGCAUGUCACUCCCCUGGUGCUGAAGGCAUGCUGCGUGCUUAGCGCAUUUGAUGCCCACAGUGCUAUGGGGCAGCUGCCUCUGCAAGUGCCUACAUCCCCUCCCCCAACGUAGAGUCUGGGCACCUGCAAUGGCAAAAGUGUGCCUCUUGCUGAUGGCAUCAUAAAACACGCCCAAUGCCCUGGAUCUUUACAGGGCAUUCUAUGGUGCUAGAGGAGAAUGGGUGUGUGCUUAAUAGAAGGUGGGACACACUGAAGCUGCUCCGGGGAUGAUUGGGGAAGUGACCGGCAAGUAGUGACUAGCUCAGCCCAGUUUAGCCAAGAAGCAUCUUCAGGGAACGUGUGUAAAUAUUUAAUAUAGCCCUAGUCACUAAAGUUCCAACCCCACUUCCAAAAUCCCCUAUUGCAUUGUUUUCUUGCAAAGAAGAUGAAAAGAAAGGGGGAAUCGAAUCCCAAGGUGGGCAUAGAUAUGCUUUUUUGAAAAAAACACUGCAAUGCUUUACCUUUCCCACUAUGCUCUGGUGUUGUGCAGCAUCAUCCGAUCUCCUGCAUGCACAGGUUGCUUUCUUGCUGCAUGUCCUCCUUCCUGUUCCUCACCCCACCCCUGGUGUAUAUAUUGCUUUGGAUAUAUAUAUAUAUAUAUAUAUAUAUAUAUAUAUAUAUAUAUAUUCUUUUGGACACCAGUGCUUUAACACCACUUCUCUGAGAUCCCGCAAUAUCAUUCUGUGUAACACGAUGGGAAGGUAAAGAGAGAAGAUUGUCCCAAGCUGCCCAAUGAACAGGUAUCUCAAUCAGGAAUGAAGUCUGUCCCAGCCCAAUUUUAGCAAUAAACUGUAGCGCCUCAAAUGCUUCCAACUUCUCACACACUACAUACCUCCUCCUCUUGCCACAAGGAAAUUAUUUUUCAUGCCCCUCUGGGCAAGGAGAGGUUUAUCCUGUGGAGAGUAGAUACCUGAAUACUAUUAAGGUAGAAACGGGAAUUGUAUGCUUGGCCUAGACACUCUGCUGUGACUCAGCUACAUCAUUAGUACUCUCAAAACAUACUGAAUUCAGAGAGAGGCUUCCUUUUUGGUUGACAGGGAGGGAUUUGGCGAAUGAGCCAACCCUGUUUUGUGCUCCAGGGUAAUGGAAGAGUUUCAGGGGCCAUGACAGAGGCACAGAGGUUUUAGGCCAGUAGGGUCCCGGGAGGGCUUUCCUCUGUGCCAAGAUGCCUUGAACAGCUGCUUCCUGUGCCAUACUUUGGGUAUCACUUGUGCCACAUGAAUCUGGUGAUGAUUGUAUCCCACUGUCUCUAUAUGGAAACCUCUGAUAAUAAAUGCCAAGUGAGAAUCAACCAACA